AUGGGAAAGAAUGAGGGGGAUGCCAUGGUGCUGGAGACAGAAUGGCGCCAGACACCGGUGUUUGACGGUCCCCAUGGGGAUGACAAGAACUGGAACUUCGAUAGCAGGCUGCAGCAAAGGCGAGCCAUAUCCGCACUUGCAAACACUGAGCAAGGCCCAACCAAGAAAAUUUUGCUCUUCAACGACGCGGACGGAGGCGGUGAAGACGCUAACACCGCUGCUUCAGGGCUGUCGGGUCAACCUCCAGCCCUCCCGAACCCAAGCACUAAACUACCGGACAACCAUAUGCCCAUUGUUCAGCCUCCCAACCCGCCCAAUGUCAUAAAAGCGAGGAGUCUUUCGGGAUGGCUUCCUUCCCUUGCCGCGAUUUGCGUGGUGGUCAUGGCAAUGAUCGUGCCGCUUGCGAUAGUGCUUGAUUCAAAGAAGAGCCCAGCACCGAUAGUGGAGGCUGAAGUGGUCGGCGCGUCGGCGGAGACAUUGCAGAAAGGUGGCGAUUUGAGCGAGAUCCAAGUGCUUCCAACAGAUGUGCCUUCUCUUUUGAAUGGGGAGGUCGAUGCCGAUGCGCUACGGAUUCACUUUCAUCAGCUUGCUGGACUCGUAGAAAUUGGGACUGCCAAGAUAAGCAGCACGGAUUCCUUCCUCGCCAAUGUUGUAGUGCCAGCCCACUCGAUUUCCCACGAUCUUGCGCAAAAGCCUGCCAACGUCGCUUUCGUACAUCAAUGCGAAUCGAUUCUGGCCCAAGCCGACGCUAACGCUGGUAUCUCAACGCGCAUACAAUCCAAGUUGGUGAGCAUCGAGAACUUUAUCAACCUUAGAUUAACGACAGUCAAAGAGACUAUGAGCGAGGAUAGAAAGCAUAAAAAGCGUGAUCGAAAGAGCGACGAGCAGAGAAGUGGCUACAUGGCGAAGAAUCCGGAAGAAUUGGACAUCGAGCAGGAGGCAUUGCAAUUCGCCAAAUUCCGAGUGUUGAGUGCUGCAGAGCCAUUGUUGGCUGUCAUAGACGCCUGGCUUUCUCUGGCAUCGAGACGCGAUUUACGUGAAGGUCUGCUGGGGGAUGACGGCAAGGUUGGGAAAGACCACUAA